UUGUAGAUGGUGCACCAAGCUGAAGGAGGAGAAGACUGUCCGCCAAGAUCUGGAGAUGGGAGAGUGUACACAGAAAUACCAGGCCAAGUGUGGAUGGUUUUCUAGCUCUCUGUGCACUUAUUAUGAAAUGGUGCCCUGCCAUAAAGAGCGCAACCAUACGGUGGUGCAGUACAAAAUUGUCAGCGAAUGUUGCCAUGGCUACCGCCUGGAUCCUAUCAACAACAUCACAUGU